AGAGAGAUGGUGAGGUUGCACAUCCAUCAGACGCAAGAGCGUGGAAACAUUUCAACAAGGUACACGGAGAUUUUGCUACAAAUAUUCGGAAUGUCUAUCUUGGGUUAUGCACCGAUGGAUUUAGUCCAUUUGGAAUGUCUGGUAGACAAUAUUCUUUGUGGCCAGUCAUUCUUACGCCGUAUAAUUUACCGCCGGAUAUGUGCAUGGAACAAGAAUUUCUAUUUUUGACCAUAUUAAUCCCAGGGCUGAAGCAUCCAAAACGGUCUCUUGAUGUUUUUCUUCAACCGUUGAUAGAAGAGCUAAAGCAAUUGUGGUCAGAAGGGGUGAGGACGUACGAUUGUUCCUUGAAAAACAAUUUUACGAUGCGAGCAGUUCUGAUGUGGACGAUAAGUGAUUUUCCUGCUUAUGGGAUGUUGUCUGGCUGGACAACACAUGGAAGAUUAUCUUGUCCGUAUUGUCUUGGAUCCACGGAUGCUUUUCAACUGAAGAAUGCUAGGAAGAGUUGUUGUUUUGAUUGUCAUCGUCGGUUUCUUCCACUUGCCCAUCCGUACAGAAGAAAUAAGACAUUGUUUCGACACAAAAAAAUUGUGAGAGACAGUCCUCCUCCAUAUCUCACCGGCCAGCAGAUCGAAGCGGACAUUGAUUAUUACGGAGCUCAGGAAACAGUUAAGGUUGGAGGAAAUUGGCAUGUUCCUGGAAAUAUGCCUGAGGGGUAUGGUGUAUCUCACAAUUGGCAUAAGAAGAGUAUAUUUUGGGAGCUACCCUAUUGGAAGGAUCUUCUCUUACGCCACAAUCUGGAUGUCAUGCAUAUCGAGAAAAACUUUUUUGAGAACAUCAUGAAUACAUUACUUAACGUCCCUGGGAAGACAAAAGAUAACAAAAAGUCAAGGAUGGACUUACCUGAUAUUUGCUCAAGAAGUGAGUUACAUAUCAAGAGCAAUGGAAACGUUCCUGUUCCCAUCUUCCGGUUGUCAUCAGCAGCCAAAACAACCUUGUUUGACUGGGUUGCAUCGGAAGUUAAGUUUCCUGAUGGUUAUGUUUCAAAUAUGUCAAGAUGUAUUGAACGAGGUCAAAAGUUCUCCGGAAUGAAAAGUCAUGAUUGUCAUGUGUUUAUGCAACGAAUGCUUCCAUUUGCUUUUGCCGAGCUCCUUCCAGCAAAUGUCCACGAAGCACUUGCAGCCAUCGGAGCAUUUUUCAGAGAUCUUAGCACACGUACGUUCAAAGAAGAAGUCAUCGAACAACUUCAUCAGAACAUUCCGAUCAUAUUGUGCAACCUGGAGAAGAUAUUUCCUCCUUCAUUUUUUGACGUCAUGGAGCAUCUAGUUGUCCACCUACCGUAUGAAGCAUUGCUUCGUGGACCUGUUCACAACGGAUGGAUGUAUCCGUAUGAGCGACAGAUGAAACAUUUGAAGGGGAAAGCAAGAAAUCUUGCAAAGGUAGAAGGUUCAAUAAUUGCAGGGAGUUUGACAGCCGAAACAUCUAACUUCACAUCAUACUAUUUUGCUCCAACUGUUCGUACGAGAAAAAGAGUUCCUAGGAGAUAUGAUGAUGGUGGAGUACCGACAUCAUAUCCAAUUGAUGGUGUUCCUGACAUUUUCUGCGAAAUAGGACGGUUUGGUGGUAAAACGAAAGAAGUAUGGUGGUCAUGUGAAGAAGAUAAACAUAGUGCCCACACAUAUAUUCUGCUCAACUGCGAGGAUGCAAUGACCCGUUACUUUGAAAGGAUGUUUGUAUCUCAAGUUGAAGAAGCAAUACCAGGAAUAUCUGCAACUGAUGUGGUCAAGAUUUAAAGGCUUCUACAUCCAGAUCUGGGUUCGAAUCCGAGACUAUUAAAUUUCUUGCAGAUUAAACAUUGUAGGAGGUCCAAAUUUCAAUUCCGGAGAAAACAAUUUAUUAAACAAUUAUACUGACUACAAAAGAAAUGUUUACAAUGGAUCUUCCGUAGUGCAAGUAAAUCUAAUCAUGCAUAGAUCUUCAUAGGACAGCUCUGAUGAUGCAGUUAGUCAUAGAUCUUCGUAAGGCAUGUAAUAUUGUCGGUUGUCGAAUCGUCUAUGUAAUCUUUAUCAUAAUUGUAAAAUCAUAAUAAAUGAGCGUUAAAAAA